UCACCCGGCAUUCAAACCAAAAUUCUCCGACACGAAGCCGGACACUUUCUCGCCGCCUACGUCCUCGGUUGCCCCGUGGAAGGCAUUGUCCUUUCCGCCUGGGCAGCCUUACAGGACCGUCGGUUUGGCGCUCGACAAGUGUCCGCCGGUACCAGCUUUUUCGAUCCCGAACUGUCCGCACAAAUCAACAACCAACAAGCCGUCAAACGAUCCGCCGUCGAUCGCUAUUCCAUCAUUGUCAUGGCCGGUAUCGCGGCCGAAGCGGAACAGUACGGACGCGCCGACGGCGGCGCCGGCGACGAAAUGGCCCUCGUGGCCUUUCUGUCCCAACUCAACGGUGGACGCGGCGGCGGGCCCUGGAACGCCGACGCCAUUCGCAACCAAGCCCGCUGGGGGGCGCUCCAAGCCGUUUUGCUGCUCCGACACUAUCGACCGGCCUAUGACGCCCUCGUUGAUGCCCUGGAACGGGGCGGAUCGCUCGGAGACUGUAUUCACGCGAUUGAAAAAGCC